GGAGCGAGGAGAGCGAGGCCAGCGAUUUUCCCGAAAACAUUUUGCAGCGAAGAUCCGAAAACCAAACAUCCGCAAAAGCGACGCCAUUUCCAGCACGUGUGCAAGUUUUGUGUCGUUAAUACCGGAUUUUGGAGCGUGUGUUUUGAAAAAUAUUAACAGAAUAUACCGAAAAGACGCGGCAUUCUCAACCAGCAAGGCACGCCGCCACCGCCGCCUUCGAGGUGGUAGGACAGGAGGUAGAAGGAGAAGGGGCAGCAGAGCCCAAGCAACAGCAGCAGCAGCGGCGACAGUACGAUGGCCGACGGACGUGAUCCGCUCGGUCGAGACAGGAUGCGUGGUGCGGUCAACCCAAGUCAUCACGGAUCACGGUCUCCGUUCGAGGCUCGCGGGAGUCAUCCACCACCGGGACCAGCCUAUCAAACGCCAGAGAGACGCCCAGGAUGGGUACCGCCACCGUCUGGAGCGCCUGGCGUAAGAGGUCCGCCACCGAGCGGUUCCGGUGCAGGUCCCGCAAGAGCUGGGCCGAAUGAACCCCGCCACCACUACACCUCAUCCUCGGGGGCCGGAGAUGCUGCUGGCGCAUCGACGAGCCGAGAAUCAACACCGGGCGGCCCUGGUGCAGCACGUGGACUGGGGGGACCCGCCGGCCCUGGAGGCCUUGGCGGCAAACCGAUUCGUCGGCGGCCCUUGGCAGACACACUGAGAACGCGCCUCGCCGACUCAAAAACAAAACACGGUUCAACGGGACAAACACUCUCCCUCCAGUCGAAUUACUUUAAGCUUGUGAAACGCGUCGAUUGGACCCUCAGCCACUACGCAGUCAGCAUAGUGCCACCGUGUCCGAGCCCACGUUUGGCGCAAUCGCUCGUAAACGAGCAUAAGACCAUCUUGGGUGGGUUCGUGUUUGAUGGAGCGAACCUUUUCACCGGUUCCAAACUGCCGAGUGAGGAAAUGGUCCUUCACUCGAAGCACGAUCGUACGGGCGAUAAGUACGAAGUGCACAUCGAGCGAGUGGCGACGGUCGAUAUGACGGGCGAAACUGGAAUUCAGGUGCUCAACUUAAUCCUGCGCCGUGCGAUGAACGGCCUGAACCUGCAGCUGGUUGGGCGCAAUCUGUACGAUGCGGCGGCAAAAAUUCCGGUUCGGGAGUAUCACAUCGAGCUGUGGCCUGGCUAUAUCACUAGCAUCCGGCAGCACGAGGCCGAUGUGCUGGUGUGCUGUGAAAUAGCGCACAAAACUAUGCGCAUGCAAACUUGUUACGAUAUUUUGCGCGAAUGUCAGCGACACGACCGGAACUAUAAAGACGCGUUCCGGAAGGCGGUGCUGGGCUGCGUAGUCCUGACGGGCUACAAUAACAAAACGUACACCAUUAACGACGUCACGUUUGACACCACGCCCGAAAGCACCUUCGACACCAAAAAUGGUCCAAUCUCCUUCAUGGAGUAUUACAAAAACAAGUACAAUAUCCGGAUCCGCGAUGCCUUCCAACCGAUGCUGUUGUCACGUGCGAAGAAGAAGGACGCCCGAUCGGGAGACAACGAGCUGAUGGCACUCGUACCUGAGUUAUGCCAGAUGACGGGCCUAACGGAUUCGAUGAGAUCUGAUUUCAAGAUGAUGAGAGCAAUGGCAGACCACACACGCCUGAAUCCGGAUAGACGAAUUGAGCGCCUGGAAACAUUUAACCGGCGUUUGCAGACAUCGCCCGAGAGCCAGGAAGUGUUCCGCGUGUGGAAGAUGGAGCUCGACCGGCGACUGGUCGAUGUGCCGGGCCGUCUGUUACCGCAGGAGAUGAUAUUCUUCUCCACCACUUCCACUGGUGUUCAGGCGGGCGAUAACGCUGAUUGGACGGCGCACUUCCGGGACAAUCCGAUGUUUGCUACGGUGCGGUUGAGCCGCUGGUAUCUGGUCGUGCCGGGGCGUUGCCAGCGGGAGGCGAAUGAUUUCCUUGGCUGCAUGAUCAAGGCGGCCCGCGGUAUGCGCUUUGAGAUUAGUAACUGCGAGAUCAUCCCCAUGCAGGACGACAACCCAAACACGUACAUGAGGACGCUUGAUAGUAUCAUCAAUAAGGAUCCACAGAUGAUCAUGUGCGUUGUUUCGAACAACAAAUCAGAUCGUUAUACAGCGAUAAAAAAGAAGUGCUGUGUGGACCGAGCCAUCCCGACGCAGGUAAUGGUCCAGAAAACGAUCACCCCAAAAACGGGCAACAUCCGGACGCUGAUGUCGGUCGCAACCAAGGUGGUCAUACAGAUGAACUGCAAACUGGGUGGAGUCCCGUGGAAGGUAAAAAUCCCGCUAAACGGGUUAAUGACGAUUGGUUUCGACGUGUGCCACGAUUCGAAAGACAAGAGCAAAUCGUUCGGUGCGAUGGUGGCCACCCUCGACCACGACAACCGUGGGACACCCAAGUUUUUCUCCACCGUCAGCCACCACUCAAGCGGCGAGGAGAUUUCGACCUACCUGCCACUCAAUACGGUGAAGGCUUUGAAUGAGUAUCGGCGCGAGUUUGGCGAGUUGCCGAAGCGCAUCAUCUUCUACCGGGAUGGUGUUAGCGAGGGACAGCUCCAGUAUAUUUACGAGCACGAGGUACGCUCGCUGGUGGACAAACUCGGCCAGAUCUACCGGUCGGCAGGCAUCGAGCAGGAGGUGUUGCUCACAUUUUUCAUUGUGAACAAAAGAAUCAACACCCGGUUCUUCGAUCAGCGGCUCAAUCCACGUCCCGGCACGGUAGUCGACAAUGUUGUCACACUUCCACAGCGAACGGACUUUUACCUUGUGUCGCAAUCAGUCAAACAGGGCACGGUAUCCCCCACUGCAUACAACAUUGUGUGGGACUCCUCCAAUCUGAAAAUUGACCAUCUUCAGAUGCUAUCCUACAAGCAGUGCCACUUGUAUUAUAACUGGUCCGGCACGACUCGCGUCCCAGCAGUCUGCCAAUACGCGCACAAGUUGUCGUUCCUCGUGGGCCAGUACCUGCACCAGGCGCCGAGUAGUUUGCUGGAGAAAAAACUAUACUUCCUGUAGGAGAGAGAGAACCAACGAAAAACAGUGGGUGGGCAAAACGACAAAUGUGACCGGACGAGCUAGUAGCUAACCGAUCGAUCAAGAGCAACGCAGCGUAACUGGUUUGCUGCGCGAUCAACUGCCAUCAAAACAACGUGGAGCGUGUGAUUGAGGGGGCGGGCUAUGUGCGUAGACAGCGCACCUUUUUUUUUAUAGAGUUAGAUUGCGACUACUUUACAGCGGUGUUGUUUUGACACUAACAAAUGAACUAUUGUUGAAAUAGGCCCGGAAAUCAACGGCACUAAACACCAGACGGCCAAGUGCGAAUAAACCAGACCCCCUUUCCU